CUUCUCUCCGACUGUGCUGGGCCGCGAGGAAGUCGCAAGAUGGCUGCUGUCGCUUGGAAGUGAGCUUCUCCUCCGCAACAUGGAGCCGUGAGCGUGGACGACAGCGAGGGAGGCACAAUCGGGCUUUUCGCUUUCUUUUCUUUUACUUUUUUUUCUUUUAUUCCGUCAAACAUUCAUCCCAUUCCGCGUCGGAUCCGCCCCGGACUUGUGUCGGGAGUUGACGCGUCAAAAUCACGCCGGGGACCCUGCCAGCAGCUAGCCACACGCACGCACGCGCGCGCGUGCACACACACACACACGUACACACUUGGCAAAUAGAAAACACGGACACACGACGAUAUUUAUUGCGCCUAGUAUUUCAACGCGUUCCCCAAAUGCGGAAUUUGAACUUGCUUUCGAGCUGACUGUGUGGCAAAUAUUGUCGCUGUCAGUUGAAAGAGUCGCGCUAGCCGCUCGCUUCAACAUGUCCGCGAAGUGGCCGUCCAGCCCUGCUAACUAGUGCGCAGUAUCGCAUCCAUUUCACGCGUGAUCAUUUCUUCACUUAGUGUCGAUAUCGGGCACUUUUUGGACACCACAGUGAGCGACUGCUUAUUUGGGUACCGGCGAUGAUGCGGAUGGAGUGAACAACAAAUUGCCAACUCGUUGUAGCUCCACUGGCCUUGUGGCUCUCGCCAAAAUCCACAGAGAUGGACGCAAGGCUCCGCACGCACGUCUAAAUUGGAGAAACAUCUUUUUUUGUUUCGUAGAGGGGAGUGGACGUAAGUUUUUAGCCACGAUCAGGCGGCGCUCGCGCAUGAUCGGUCGCUUGACCUAUUCGGGUGUGGGUAAAGCGCUCCACUUGUCACUCAGUCGUUGGGCAGACGGUUAGCUCGCAGUUAGCUAGCUCGUCUCGCCCCUCAUCCCGUUCCAACCACGGCGUACCGAACGUAUUCCGAGCCCGCUCCCGGACAUACGCACAGGCUCAACACCACCGUCAUGGGCGUGCAGGGAUUCCAGGAGUAUCUGGAGAAGCGCUGUCCCGGCGCCGCGGUGCCCGUAGACCUGCUCAAGCUCGUCCGGACCGCGGCCCGCCAACCCCCGCACCCCCACCCGCACCAUCACCCACACCCGCACCACCCUCACCACCCCGGGCCCAUGCCUCCCCCGCCCCCUCCCGCCAGGAUCCUGGUGGACGCCGACUCCGGCCUGCAGCGCCUCUACGGCGGCUACCAGACGGACUGGGUGUGCGGCGGUCAGUGGAAUGCCAUGCUGGGCUACCUGGCCGCACUUUCGCAGGCCUGCCUGUUCCAGGGCGGCCUGGAGCUCGUGGUGGUGUUUAACGGGACGCUGGGCAAGGAGCGCUGGCCUGAGUGGGCGCGGCGAGCUCAGGGCCAGCGACAGACAGCGCAGCUCAUCGUCAACCACGUCGGCGGCAAGGCCACCCCGCCUCCCCGCGCUUGGUUCCUGCCCCCGGCCUGCCUCAGCCACUGCGUCCGCCUCGCUAUGUUCCGCUUCCGAGUGCGGGUUGUACAGACUUUGGAGGAUCAUCACCAGGAAGUGCUGUCUCUCUACAGGGACUACGGAUUCGCCGGCUUGAUUGCGCAGGAUUCAGAGUUUGCACUGUGCAACGUGCCUGCCUAUUUCUCCUCGCACGCACUCAAACUGAGCUGGAAUGGCAAAAACCUGACCACACAUCAGUAUCUGCUGUCUGAAGCUGCCCGCCAGCUCGGGCUCAAGACUCAGCAUCUGCCCUGCUUCGCCGCUUUGCUGGGAAAUCAUAUUCUGCCUGAUGAAGACCUGGCUGCCUUCCACUGGAGUCUUCUGGGACCAGAACACCCACUAGCAUCUCUAAAGGUGCGAGCCCAUCAGUUGGUACUGCCGCCCUGCGAAGUGGUCAUCAAGGCUGUGUCAGAGUAUGUCUCCUCCAUCAAAGACCUUGGGAACCUGGACACCAUCGCCAGAGAUGUCUUCAAACAGUCAGCGUCUCGCAUGGAGGACAAGGUGGAUCGCUUCAAGAAAGCUGUGGAGUAUUUCUCAGCCGCCUCCAAACCACGAUCGCCUAACGUGGGACCUCCCACUUUCAUUUUGCCUGGGUUUGGGCCCACUCCAUUUGGGGGACCUUCCGGCCACAUGGGACCGAUGCAUCCUGGAAAAAAUCAGUUCCCCCCUCCCCAGGUGGCCGGCUUCAAACCGCCUUUUGCAAACGCUCCAUUCGGACCCGGCUCCGCCCCUUUGUUCCAGAACCCGCCACCGCCAUCUCAAGACUGCAACGAUUCGCCCACGGGCAAGAUGGGCUUUUCUGAUUGGUCGGCGCCAUAUGAUUCCUCUCAGGGUGGAGGACGUUUGCCCAAUCACCACACGGUCGCUCAGUCAGGUCCUUCUCCGUCACCUUCCUCGUCAUCGGAUGGAGACGAACCCAAUGACAACAAUGCAAACCAUUUGACAGACAAGUCGUCACGAUGGGAGGAUCCUGCCGGAAGAGAGGGCUCGGCCUCCGGAGACGGUUCCCAAGGCAACGGGAGCAGCUCAAGCAUUCCGUCACUGCUGUCUAUGGCGACUCGCAGUCACAUGGACAUAACCACACCCCCUCUGCCUCAGGUUAGUGCUGAGGUUCUUCGUGUAGCUGAACACAGACACAGAAGAGGGCUGAUGUACCCACAGAUUUACCACAUCUUGACCAAGGGAGAGAUGAAAAUGCCAGUUUGUAUCGAGGACGAGUGUAACUCUGAGCUGCCUCCUGCCUCUUUGCUAUUCCGUGCCGCCAGACAAUAUGCCUACGGUGUCCUCUUCAGUUUGGCCGAAACGCACCGCCGGCUUGAAAGACUCGCCCUCCGCAAAAGAGCUCCCUUGGAAGGUUGGGGCUGGGAUUGUCAAGUAUUUGGAGUUCCUCCAGUGAUUGUCAAAGAGUGGAGUUGCGGUAAAGCCAAGUCGGCUCUGACUCCUGAAUUGGUCCCGGCUCUAUGUUUCCGGGAGUGGACCUGCCCGAACCUACGCCGCUUGUGGUUGGGUCGCGCCAGCGAGGACCGCUCCAGGAGAACUCGAGCCUUCCUGGCUUGCCUCCGCUCCGACUGCCCAGCCCUCCUCAACCCGGCGCAAGUCCCGCAGCAUCUGCUGCUCAUGUGCUGCGUGCUCAGGUAUAUGAUGCAGUGGCCUGGAGGAAGGAUCCUCCAGAGAAAUGAGCUGGAUGCCUUUUUGGCCCAGGCCGUUUCCAACCAGCUCUACGAACCGGACCAGCUACAGGAGCUCAAGGUGGAGAAGGUGGAUGCCCGCGGCGUGCAGCUAGCUGCUCUCUUUAUGGCCGGCGUCGACACGGCACUCUUCAUCAACGAUGUGUGCGGUCAGCCGCUGCCAUGGGAGCACUGCUGUCCCUGGGGCUUCUUUGAUGGCAAACUGUUCCAGAGCAAACUGGCCCGCGCCACCCGUGACCGUGCUGCCCUGCUAGAUAUGUGCGAAGGCCAGGAGGAGCUAGUAUCUAAGGUGGAGAAGAUGCGUCAAGCCAUACUUGAGGGCAUCAAUCUGUCUCGUCCUCCUCCUCCGCCUCCACCUCUUCCGCCUCCCGCCUUCUUGCCGCCUGCCAUGGUGCCCCCUUUCUACCCCAUGCCCCCCCUUUACCCACCUCGGCCCAUGGGUGGCAUGCCUCCUCAUCACCCACAUCAUCCGCACCACCCUGCCCAGCACAGACCCAGAGCCUUCCCAGGCAUCCAGUCAAUUCCCCCUCAGGGAGGAAAGUUGGAGAUUGCCGGCAUGGUUGUUGGCCAGUGGGCCGGGAACAAACCCAUCCGUGGCAGAGGGGGGUUCAACAUGCAGGUGGUUUCAGUCGGAGCCGGGAAAGGGAGGGGUAAAGAUAUCCCAGCAAAGCUAAGGGGAGGGAAAAAAGCAACUGCCAACACAACACAGACAUCAUCGCCCCCUCCAUCCAACAGUCCCCCGAAGCCCUUAGAGGAGGCGGGUUCAGCGCCAGAGGUCACAACUCGGCAGCUGAAUGGAAACUCAGCAGCAGCCAUGGGGCAGCCCUUGGAGCUGGCCUCCCUGGCCCAGCCAAUCCAGUGUGCCUUAGCCAGCAGAGACAACCAAUCAGAGGGGGUGCAAGCGGAGACCCCUUGUUGCCUUGACGACUGCCCGUCAGACGGAGCGCUACAGAAGGAAGAGUGAUAAAGAGACGGAUGGCGUCCUCAGAGAGUGUGUUUGACUGCCUUUCCCCGUCUUUGUAGCCCCGCCCACUAACUGUCACGCCAUCACACGGAGCAGGAAGCAGCCGUGGGCAUCUGUCUCGUAUGAUCUGCUGCUCCGUGUGAUGCGUCCAAACAGUUGGCUGUCACAACAGUUAAAUCCCAUUUUUAGUUUCUCGUGGUUUUAUAUUUUUGUUUUUGUUGAGAGAUUUUCUCCAUGAGUCUGUAAGCACCCCGCCCCUCCAAAAAUAGCCUCUCCUCCCUGCACACAAACUCAAAGAAGUUCCGCCCCCAUCACCACCGCCGCCACGUAAGCGAGCCCCCUCUCCAAUAUGGCUACCUUUAUAUUAUACUUUUUUAUGUUGUUAGAAACUCUGCACACAGAGGUUGCAUUUGGCGUCACCGGUCCGAUGUGGUUCCCAAGGUUCACCACGUUCGGUAGCCACGUGUCAGUGCGGUUUGUAAUCGUCGUCUCGCGUGAGGUUUGACUUCCGCGAGACCUUCAGUGAUCGAAAGAGUCCAACUGGAUAAAGUGACUUGUGCGUCCGGCCUGCUAGAAAGCCACAAUGGCAAAAUAUUCCCAAGCUCCUUUCUCAGUGGAUCACCGGAGCACUUGUGCGACGCCAUUAAUUAGGAUGCUCUUAUACUUUGAGCUAUGUAGCAUAGCCUAGCGUUUAGCUGUGCUAAGAAAUCCCAUGAAUUUACGCACCUUAAUCCCUAAGUAUGCAAGGUUUUUCCCCGCUCCUCCAAAAAAGUGCAUUAUAUUAUAUUGCCCAACCUCCUGCCCCUUCCUCCCAAAAGCUUUGAUUGUAUUAUCCCAACAAAAGCACUUGAUGUUGUAUUUAAAUGUAAUUUUUUUUUUUUUAACAGAAGCCCCAGAUUGCGACGAAUUGACCGUGUAUGGGCUGCACGCAUCUAAGUAAAUGUUAAUGAUGACAGAGAACUACAUUUAAAGGUAGAGAUCUAUUUGAAAGACGUCAGAAUGUGUACAGAGUGGUUCCAGACAAAGAGGCACUUUUUUUCAAGAUUUCAAACCACACUGGAUGGUCCUCUGCCAGGUGACUGACAAGUCAAACACCUCGAGGCACCUACCGAGAGUUCCAGGCCAAAAAAAGAAAAAAAAGACUGCUGCUUAGCAGAUAUUGGAAAGUUCCAAGUCUACUCUGCAAAGUGGCCUAAAAUGUUCAUUAAAUAACUUUUGAAGUCCGAUUCUUCUCUCCCGGGAAUCGUCGUCACUUUCAGGAAAGUCAUGUCCAAAGCGUAUUUGAACGCGGCUAGCCGAGCAAUGUUAAAAAAAAACAACGAAAAAAAAAUCAUGGUAAGCCGGCGUAGCCUCAAAGAUCCCGCCAUCCUCGGGUGGCUGUUAAGAAACGCUGAGAGCCCCAGCGUGUCACUUUAGACCAAUAGAAUGCACUUUCCUGCCCUAAAGGUGCAAGUCCAAGGCUUCGUGGGUGGGAACACGUCAGAGUGCCUCCCCCCAAUCAACCCCUACCCGAGUUUCCCGCUCACGUUCGGAGACUACGCUAAUGAACGGUUUUGUUUGAGCACUUAACGUUUGUAUAGAAGCGGAAGUCCCCCACAGUAGGUUUCAUACGAUAACGGAAAUACAAGUUAUAUUUACAGAACUGCGUGUUUGAGAGCAGUAGACAUUGAACCGAGAGCACCCGCGAGUGCUCAUCACAGACUAAAAGGCAAGUCAACAAGAAAGCACCUUAUUUUCGUACUACGUUGAUGACUUGCGCUCUUUUGCGCGCCGCAAAAUUGACAGGGAUAGAUGCCGUUUUGAAGGAAUCAAACAUGAGUGUGUCUAAGUGUCAAUGUAGUCGCGUCAGACAUCCCCCCUGUUACCAACGCAACCAUUACAGUGAGAUGCCGAGCGGCCGGUCACGCCGCAGGGGCCGCACUCGCCUCUCGAACACCAAAUGACAGGAAAUGAUCAGCGCUGCAACGCGCACCGUACGUUUUCAUAGGUGACCACGUCAAUGGAUUUAAACACCCAAGACAUUAUGGUUAGGCUAAAGAAUAUAGCUCCACUGGCCGAAACGCUCGACUUCGAGACUUCUUGGGAGUCGCAUACUUAACUGCUUUCAACUAUUUUGACAUUAGGACAUGUAUUGCAAUAGUACAUUACGUGUUAGAGGACGGCCAUGCGCCUGAGAAUGAUCUGCUAUGUGAUGCCCUCUACCGAUUUGCUCGCCGCAAGUGCGCAUACAAUGCACACACAGACACACACACACACGUUGGACAAACAAAUAUUCAGUUGUGUUUGUUACCAGCAGCAUUCUCUCUGCUUUCGUGCUGACGUGAUAUAUUUGUGCAGUUUCAGUUGCCAGUGGAGUGCUUGUCAGUUCAUUGGAGUAACACAUGCGACUGACUCGGAAUCCCUUACACUCUCCUUUGCAUGGACACAUGAAAAAUACACGUUGGAAGUUCCGGGUAGGCACACACAACACUCACACACACACACGCGCACACAUAUGUAGAUGUUAAAUAACCCUGAGUUAUACAGUAGCUAGUAUGGAUCAAACAGCAACACAAUACAUCAUGUAUUGGCCCUCUUUAGCCCAUGUCUGUUUUUGUUCAAUGGAGAUUUAAUUUUUGAUUUUUUUUUUUUAUGCUUGCUAACUCAGUCACCCCUUCCCUCCCCUGCUUUGACACAAUGUCCCCUCCUCAACCAAUACUUUUCUUUUCUGCUCUUUAUCUUCCUCAGCACACACAAACACGCGCACACACGUUUUGGUCCCCACAAAGCAAAAAGAUUAUUUGGUCCAUGUUACAAAAUUAAAACAAAUAUUGUUGCAGACGUGUACACACAUUUAAACUAAUGACUUUUUAACGAAAUGUCUUUUGUGGAAGGAUUCUGUCAGCCUCGUAAUAUUGUCCUUCCAACUCUUAGGACACAAAUGCACUCAGGUGUGCAUCUUGACAAAAACGUUGCAAUUCAACCAAGGUUUUUAUGUCCAAAUUUAAAAUGGUUUGUCCCACAGCUAGUCAGUGAUUGCUUUGCGGGGACCACAAUGUCACCUUAGUUCACGCACGUACACACACACACACACAUGAUAUAAACUGUCCUGAAUUUCUCUGUUUUCCCCUUCCCAGACCUCCUCGCUUGUCCUGUAGCCCUAGGAUGAUUUGUAUUGGCCGCCUUUCUCUUUUCUCUCUAGGCUGCCCUGCCCCUUAAUCAACCCAACUAACAGUAAAGGUUAUAUUAACGUUAAUAAUCAGUUUCUGUAUGUAUCUAGCCAGAGUUUGAAAAAAAAAUCCGAAAAAAAAUUAAAUUCAGUUGUGCAAAUGUGUUUCUCUUACUAUUUUAAUGUUGUUACAUCGUCUAAUCCUUCUACCAUCGCUUCAGUUAGUACUGAAAAUACGCUUAGCCAACCUAGAGAUUUGAACUGUUAUAUUUGCGAUUUUCCUCACCUUUAUAUGGCAUCUUUAGACACUUUCACCGUUAAUGUACGUAAGUAAAUAUUGCCCGCUACCGAUUGAGAACCAUCGUCUGCACUGUUGAUUUUCAUAAUAUCCCUGAUGAUAAUUUUGUGGUCGAUCUAAGAUGAACUCUGCGCCCUUGCACAAAGCAGCGGAACGUCUCACCUGAGAACCAAAGUACACUUAGUGUCCCCCUGAGCCCACGUAGUCUAUCCCCACCUCCCCGGCAAGCAGCUUGCCCCAAGGUUAUAGACCAGCGAGUAUGAUGAUGUGUAUGUAUAAUGACAUUGCAGCCUGUGUGAUUUGUGACAAGACUGUGAGGUAAAUGUGGCUGUUGACCUCGGUUGUCAUGGAGACGCAAACAGGAAGGAAAAGUAUGAAUGGCCAGCGCCAGGCCGACGAGACGGUCUGCACUCGCUCGUUCCACAUUGCGGCUGUGCCAACCAUUGCGUAGCCACUUGACUAUUCUGGUCGUUGGCAUCGCUUUUUCUUUGCCCUGGAUUUAUUUCUAACAUUGUUGCCAUAUUGGAGUGAAUUUCAAAUCAAUUUGAACUCGUCAGCAGCUGGGGUGUGCCUGUCAAAAUGAGAUUGUGGAGACAGUUUUAAUUUUUAGAUAUUCUACGUAGAACAAAAAUGAUUACCAGUAAGGGAAAAGAUUAAGUGUUAGCAAAAAUCUCGGCUAUUGUUUGGCAAGGCUAAUUUGACCGACUUUCCAAAUGGUGCAGGCGCGCCCAACUCGUUAGCAUUCCAAUGUUGGAGCAGCUCAAAUCCCGGGGAAAGAAAGUGCUGCGCAGUGUUGGCGUAAAACAUUUAUGUAUUCAUGUGUUUGAAUGUGGAACCGAAUGUGCGCUCGUCUUGCUUGUACCCGUUAUGAUCUAUUUGCGAGAUUCUCGGAGCAUUUUGUCCCAAUUGGAUAAAGGUCCUUAUCUGUUUGUCUCUACACUGCCACUCCCCCCUCAGCAGCCUUCCAAACUUCAUAUUAAUCAUAAGGCCAAGCGCCCUGUCCCCCCCAAUUCUCCCCUUCCCCCUGCAGAGGUGCUCCUUUUGAUCAUUGUGAGCAUUUGCUGCCACGUUGUUCAAACAUGCCUUCAGCAUACACGUCAGUACCCAGGACCACCCGCCAAAACUACCCGUGCAGCAAAAAAGGGUUCAAAUAUAUCCAUGAUAUUAUUGUUCGAGAGAUAUUAUCAUCAUCAUCAUCAUUAUUGCUGUUAUAAUUAUGGUUGGUAUCAUUUGUCAUCAUUGUUAGCAUUAUGGAAGCACCAGACUGUUUGUGGAAAGGUGAGAGAGAGGGGAAGAAAGAGUCAGUGACAUUUUUUUUUUGUCUGGGUGUUGGUGGUCUGAUCUCACAGAUGGAGGGGAGGAGAAAUGGUUCAGAAAGAGACAACCAUGGCAGUCAUGUUUGUACUGGUUGGGAAAUGACUUACAGUGCUGAAAUAAAAUUUAUUCUUUUAGUAAAAAAAA